CCACGCGCGGUGGUUACGUCACAUCUAGUCGCCGGGAGAAGUUUGAAGUCAAACGUGAAAACUUAUUUUCUUCCACGUUCUUUGAGGAGACGCGGCACUCAGAACUCGGAGCUGCUGCGGCACAACCUCGAGCAGUGAUGGAGGCAGCAUGGGCGGCUGCCGUUUCGGCGGCGUUGGCGGCGACUGUGACUGACGUAGCCUGGGCCGACAUGGCCAAACUGAUGGACGAGUGGGAAGCGGCCCGGCGGGGAAGUACCGACCAGCUGGUGUCGGUACUGAACAGGAUCUCCGUUCUUGUGGAACAGGAGACUCACGAGUACCGCAAGACAGACACAGAUCCAUUUGAUGACCGACAUCCAGGUCGGGUUGACCCAAACUGCAUGUUGGGAAAGAUUCUCAAAUUCCUCUUGAAGAACGACGACUUCACCAACACUCUGCUUGACAAUUACAUCAUGACCAGUCGGGAGCAGACCCUCAAUAGUGCCGCCUGCAGGCUACUGCUUAACAUCACACCGGGUCUAGAGACGGCAGCCGUGUUCCAAGACAAAGAGGGCCUGGUGGAUCUGCUUUUCUCCUGGGCUCUGGAGCAAGAACCUCCUCUCUCAAGUUAUGCCAUCGGCCUUCUGGCCAAAGCAAUGAACAACCCUGAUGUGGAGAGUGGCUUUCAGGAGAAGAACACUCAGCUGGUGCCGCUGGUGUUUACCCGACUGAAGGAGCUGCAAUCUCUAAUGAUCAAGGGUCACGAGCAGAGUUCAGAGAUCAGUGCGCCCUCCAAACCUCUGAAUGGGUCGAUGCAGGAGAAUGGAGGUAGGAAUGAUGCUGAGAACUCAGAGGGAGGUGAGGCGGAAGUGAGAAAGGGUGACCAGUGGGAGGCGACGGCGAGCAGCAACGACUCUCAUCAGGUGACCAGUACACCCUGGUCCGAAAUGAGCGCCAUGGUGGUCGGUUCUGACUACUGCCUGUUCCCUCUGAGCCCGACUGUGGAGCAGAGACUCAUCCUGCAGUACCUUGCUCCAUUGGCUGACCACCAAGAGCUGCUCUCAGUCUUCGUCCAGCUUGAUGCACGGCCGGUCUUGAUGAACUACUUGGACUUGAAUAAGACCAGGAACGUCCAGCUGACCUAUGACUCCCUGCUGUUCCUGGCCACCAUGUUGCAGCAGAAGAAGUUUGCCGCUGAGUUCAUCGCUCACGGAGGAGUCCAGAAGCUGCUGCAGAUCCCCCGGAGGUCCAUGGCAGCAACCGGCGUCUCCUUCACCCUCUACUUCCUGGCCUACAACCAUGACGCCAUGGAGAGGGUGUGCAUGCUUCCGGGUCAAGUGCUGUCAGACAUGGUGUCUUACGGUCUUUGUCUGCUGGAGUCAUCUCACUCAUCGGGUGUCUGUCACGCCACCUUGUUCUUCUCCGUGGUCUUUUCCUUCAGAGCUGCACUGCAGCUGUUUGACCAGCAGGACGGACUCAGACGUCUGGUCAACCUGAUCAGCACGUUGGACAUCAUGAACAUGGAGAGUGAAGCUUCAACAUUAAAUGAUGACCAGAUUUUCUCCUGCAGACAAACAGCUAGACACACCUGCCUCGCACUGCUCAGGUACUUUGAGGCUCACCUGGCUCUAGAGGUGGAUCACGUCAAGAGCCUGAACGGAGGCUCCAUCGCCACCCAGAACAUCCACAAGGCCGUCUCUUUCCCCCGUGAGCAGCUGCAGGAGAUGAUGGAGUUCCUGGUCUCGAGUCCUCGAUUGCUGUGGGAGCCUGUGAGGCGGUUCUGCUCCUUUGGCUGCUUCCCAGUACUGAUACAGUUGUUGGAGUCCUGCUGCCAUUGGAGGAGCUACAGUGGGAGGUCUGACCUGCUCCGCUACAUCCUGGACGUGGUGUCCAUCCUGACUGUGGUCCCAAAGGUCCAGCUGCUUCUGGCGGACACGGUGGAGAUCCUGGACGAGAACCGAUCUCCCAUAUCCACUGUUGGUAUGAGCAUCAUCCUGGGCAUCGCGGAGGGCAUGGUCUCUGUCAAUGAUGCGGACAUCCAAAAGUCUGCACUACAGGUCAUCAUCAACUGUGUUUGGGCACCAGACCCGGAACUGGGCCACAGUGGCGGUCUUGGAACCCCACUCAGGGCGUCAUUGCUGCCUCAGCAUGGUUCUGCCAACACCGACCCUGUUCUGAACCGCAUGUGCUCAGUGGUCCAGAACAACAACGGCAUCAAGGUUCUUCUGUCCCUGCUGACUGUCAAGAGUCCCAUCACGGAUGCGGAUCAGAUCCGGACUCUCGCCUGCAAGGCUCUGGUGGGUCUGUGUCGCAGUCACCCGGUCCGGCAGAUCAUCGGCAAGCUGCCGCUCUUCUCCAGUGGACUGAUCCAGCAGUUGAUGAAGGAGCCGGUGCUGCAGGACAAACGCAGUGAGCACGUGCGCUUCUGCCGCUACGCUGGCGAGCUGAUCCAGCUGAUCUCGGGGAAGCGCCUACUGACGGGUGCUGACGUCUCGCUGGCUCGCCUGCAGAGGGCUGAUGUGGUCGCCCGCUCCCGGAUCACUUUCCCGCAGAAGGAGCUGCUGCUUUUGAUCCGAAACCACCUCCUGGCCAAUGGGCUUCCGGACACAGCGAACACGCUGGUGCGGGAGGCUAACCUGACACCCUGUCACCCCUCCCCCUGCCACACCCCUUCAUCCUCUCAGGCACCCCGCUUCUGCCGACUGGGCAGUGGGAACACCGCUCGUGCCUCGGGUCACCAAAUGGCAACACCGGUGUCGGCCCACUCCCACACACCACACUCUGCUGCACCCCCUGUUGGUCGCAUCCUCUUCUCCAAAGAGCGACCACACACCAGCAGUGGCAGGAAACCACGACCCCUCAGACAGAAGUCAGAUCAUGGUGCCUUCAACCAGACUCCAGCCAUGAAAAAGCAGCUAGAGCGCCACCUACCGUUGCCGCCCACCCUGGACGGCAUCAUCACGGAGUACCUGAGGGAGCAACAUGCUCACUGUUCCAACCCCGUCACCACUUGUCCCCCCUUCUCCCUCUUCACCCCUCACCGGUGUCCUGUGCCCCGGCUCCGGCGACAGGCCUCGGCCAACUUCACCGCCCGCCUGGGCAGCCGCCUGCUGCACCCCAAGUACAGCGGCCUGGAGCGCGCCAAUCUGGACCGCCACCUGAUCUUCAGCAGGUUUCGUCCUCUCAGUGUCUUCCACAAAGACGACAGCGGCAGCUUCACCUGCUGCUCCUUCUCUGCCGACCAGCGCCACCUGCUGCUGGGGAACACCUUUGGGCACCUCAAGUUCUUCAACAUGUUCUCAGGGGAGGAGGAGGCCGACUACACCUGCCACUCGUCCUCUCUCACCCACAUCCAGCCCUCCAGGGACGGGAAUCUGCUCCUGACGUCAGCGCUGUGGAGUCGUCCUCUGUCGUCACUCUGGAGCCUGGACGGAACCUUUACGCUCAAGAGCUCCUUCACUGACGACCACCACGUGGAGUUCAGCAAGCUGUGUCAGGACCGCAUCGUAGGCAGCAAGGACCAGACCGCACACAUCUACGACCUCCACACAGGUCAGAAGACACACACGUUGUUGGACAGUGCCUUGUCUAACUUUUACAAGAGAAACUGUGCCACCUUCAGUCCCACCGAUGAACUGGUGCUGAGUGACGGCGUGUUGUGGGAUGUGCGCGCGUCACGUGCAGUGCACAAGUUUGACAAGUUCAACGAUGAUAUCAGCGGGGUGUUUCACCCCAACGGCCUGGAGGUCAUCAUCAACACGGAGAUUUGGGACCUCAGAACGUUCCACCUGCUCCACACGGUGUCGGCGCUGGACCGGUGUCGGGUGGUCUUCAACAGCAACGGCACCGUUAUAUACGGAGCGGUCCUUAACCUGGAUGAUGAGGAUGACGUCAUGGAGAAGCCCAACAAAAGCCCGUUUGAAUCGUCCUUCAGAACCUUGAAUGCCAGUGACUACAAGCCUAUUGCGACUCUGGAUGUGAAGAGACACAUUUUCGACCUGUGCGCUGACAGCCGUGACUGCUAUCUGGCUCUCAUAGAGGACCUGGACUCGGUUGGUCUGGACGCCGGCUGUCGGCUGUACGAGGUGGGACGACACAAGCUGGCAGAGGAAGCUCGCGACGAUGACGACGAGGAGGACGACGAGGAUGAGGAUGAUGAUGCCGACGACCAAGACUCUUCAGACUCUGAUGACGACAUAGACACAGACAUCAUCGACGAACUGGUCGACGAAAUCGCCAGUGGUCCGAUCAGCACUGAGUCCACGCCUACCCACUCUGAGGUGGAGGCUCUAUUUGGGAAUGGCAGUGAUGACAGUGACAACGACGAAGGCAACCGCGAUGGAGACGCCUCAAGAUUGAAUCGACUGGCUGGGAUCCUGGACUCUGGAUCUUCGGAUGACGACAACUGAUCUUGCCGACCUGGACUGCAGCUGUUUAUGAUGCUCAAGUCCAGUGUUCUUAUGGUCUCAGGGUUUCACUCUCACAAAUCUUGAAGGUCUAAAUAAAUACAUUUUAUUCUCCAUUGUGUGUGAGUGAGUGAGGGAAGUCUGGAUAUCAGUCCGUCAACAAGUGUUGUGUUGCUGUUAUUUUGUAAUGUUUGCAUUUUUAAGGACAUUUCUGAGCCAUCAAUGAAUGUUGCAGUGUUUUCAUCAAGCUGUGUCUUUUUAGUGAAACUCGUUUAUUUAAAAAAUGACAUUAAAGAA